UUCAGUUUCAUCCAAACCAAGGAACAACCCGAGGUAAGCGCGUUCAUCCAGCCACCCACGCACACCACACACAGUGAAUCGGGCACCGAUACGACGACGACAGAGCGAUCAUAUCCGUCGAAAUAAAUACCACAUUUCCGCUCUAUCACUGCUGGACCAAGCUUUCAGUUCCAAACGUAUCAUCGUACUUUUGUCCAUUCAGCAUUAUUUUUAUUUUAAACUUUUAUUCCAUUGCAUCCAUUCCAGUUUCCAACCUAACAACGUGAGGUUUAAUUUCUAGUGAAGUUAAAUAUAGGACACGGAAAAAAUAAUUUAUUGUCACGCGUCCCAAAAUUUUUAGGGGUUUGUCAUAGCAAUAGGGUGAAAGUUGUGAAAAUAAUUUUCUAAACAUACUCGGACAGAAAAAGAGCGACAAAAUAAAUAGCUUGCCGCACAGACAUCUCCACCAGACCCUGAUUACCUAAGAAAAAGUGGGACAACUGAGAUCAAGACUCAACAUUUGAGGAUUAUUCUGAGUUACGAGAGUAUUCAAGCAGCUGAAAGAUGAACGCCGACGAGUUUCGAGAGCAAGGGAAGAAAAUGAUCGACUACGUGGCGAAAUACCUGGACACGAUUGGGGAUCGUCGAGUAACCCCAAAUGUGGAACCUGGAUACUUGAAGAGUCUCAUUCCAUUGGAGGCUCCUGAGAUUGGGGAAAAGUUUGAUGAUAUCAUGGCCGACAUUGAACCCAAAAUCAUGAAUGGAAUGGUUCAUUGGCAACACCCCCGGUUUCACGCUUACUUUCCAUCUGGAGCCUCGUACCCAUCCAUCCUUGCUGACAUCCUGGGUGACGUUUUGGGUGUCAUUGGAUUUUCAUGGGCUUCUGGACCGGCUUGCACGGAAAUGGAGGGAAUCGUUUUGGACUGGCUGGGUAAAAUGAUGGGCUUACCUGAAACUUUUCUGCAGAGCAAUGAAAAAGGAAAUGGAGGUGGCUGCAUUCAGACGAGUGCAAGUGAAUGUGUUUUGGUGUCCAUCUUGGCCGCCCGUGCUCUUGCUAUUCAAAAGCUGAAGAAACAGAGCCCCAACGCCGACGAAGGUGUCUUGCUUUCCAAGCUGAUGGCUUACUGCUCCAAAGAAGCCCACUCUUGUUUGGAAAAGGGUUCCAUGAUUGCUUUCACCAAGUUGCGAAUUCUUGAUACGGACGAGAAUUUCUGCCUUCGAGGAGAAACUGUGAAAAAGGCAAUGGAGGAAGACAUCAAAAACGGACUGGUCCCAUUCUUCGUGUCCACCACAAUUGGAACUACGUCCUGCUGCUCUGUGGACAACAUCAAAGAAAUUGGACCAAUUUGCGAACAAAAUGACGUUUGGCUUCAUGUGGAUGCUGCUUACGCUGGAUGCGCGCAAAUUUGCGAUGAAUUUCGUUGGAUGUUCGAGGGAAUUGAAUACGCAAUGUCGGUGAAUACCAACCCGAAUAAGUGGCUGUUGACCAAUUUUGAUUGCUCUUGUUUCUGGGUUCGUGAUCGGUUUAAAUUGACCCAGGCCUUGGUGGUUGAUCCGCUGUAUCUCCAACACAGCUACUCCGAGCGUAGCGUCGACUAUCGGCAUUGGGGGAUCCCACUGAGUCGUCGCUUCAGGUCUCUGAAAUUGUGGUUUGUUAUUCGAAUUUAUGGAAUUGAAGGACUACAGAAUUACAUUCGCAAUCAUGUCAAACUCGCCAAAGUUUUUGAGGGAUACGUCAAAGCUGACGACCGAUUUGAGAUAAUGAAUAAAGUGGACAUGGGGCUGGUUUGCUUCCGUCUCAAAGGAUCCAAUGGACUGAAUCAGAAGCUGUUGUCCACAAUCAACGCUUCUGGAAAAAUUCACAUGGUUCCGGCUUCGUUGAAUGAUAAGUACGUGAUCCGAUUUUGUGUGUGCAGUGAGACUGCCACUGAGGACGACAUGAAAUUCGCGUGGAACGUGAUCACUCAGACUGCGGGAGAGAUUGGUACUACAGAGGAUUCGGAAUAUGUGGACACUGGGACUCCUUAUCAUCGACCCUCAAUCAGAAAUCCCGGACAAGUCCUUCCGUAUGACCAUGAAAAAGACACGGACAGUUUAUCCCCGCUUCAGAAGAAAUCCACAGACGAAAUAUUGAAGCAGAAAAGGUCCUUGUUUGUCAGAAUGGUAAGCGAUCCGAAGCUUUAUAAUCCGAAAAUUAUCAAAACUCGAAAUCCGACUGUGAAAGUCCAACCGAGUUUUCCCCCAAUGUCGUCGUCUACAGUCAAUGGAAAUGGAAAUGGACAGCACACAAUCCAACAGCCUCAGCAGCUACAGUCCAGUCCAACAAGCACAUCAUGGAUCAGUUGGCCACUCGCUUUCAUGUUUCAAGAUAAAGACGAUGAAGUUCCCUUCAGGUUUCGUAACUGGGAAUCAACACUGUCAAUCAAACCUGGACACGGAGAAGGAAAGUCUAACCGGACGUCUCCAGAAGGAGAGCAUCUCAAACCCAUCAGCCCCAACGGAGGGCGACGAAGUUUAUCGCCAACUCCGUCUAAGAUAACUCGGAGCAAAAGCCCGCAGAAUAAUUAAUGACAGCUUGAAUUUCGAUUUGACUUUUAAUAUUUUUAAAAUUUAUUUCUCGAAUGACACUUGUUGUACAGAAGUAGCACACGAAGCAUUGCUGUAAAUGACAAUAUUUGUCAAUUGAAUAUUAGUGACCAUGAUUGGUUCGUAGUAAAUCUGUCUCUAUCUAUGUUUCAUGCAAGAUUAGUAAUAAUUUACAUUGAUACAAUCAAUCCUGAUCCUGACCUAAAUAUGUAAGUAAUGAAAUUAGCCGUAGUCAAUAAAUGUAGUAUUUAAAGUUAUUGGUGCGACGCAGUUUAAAACUUAAAAAAUCUUUUAGCAAAAUAAAGCUACAUAGUUGUAGCAGAUCCAGAGUAAUCAAUAGACAUUCUAGAUGAGGGUAUUAAAGUUCGGCUUGUGAAUUGUUCUAAUGUGCAGCUUAAGGUUUCAUGCAACUAAUAAAACGCUGGUUAAUGAAAUAGA